AUGGGACUCAGUGGUAUUCUUCAUGUGGAGGUUGAGGUUAAGUCUCCGGCUGAAAAGUUCUGGCUAGCCCUCGGCGACGGCGUCAAUCUCUUUCCCAAAGCUUUCCCUAAGGACUACAAAACCAUCCAAAUUCUUGCCGGCGAUGGUAACGCUCCUGGCUCCAUUCGCCUCAUUACUUAUGGAGAAGGAUCUCCACUGGUGAAGAUAUCAGCGGAGAGGAUCGAAGCGGUGGACUUGGAGAAGAAAAGCAUGAUGUACAGCAUCAUCGGUGGCGAAAUGUUGGAAUACUACAAAACAUUCAAAGGAACUAUCACCGUUACUCCUAAGGACGGUGGCAGCAUCUUAAAAUGGUCCGGUGAGUUUGAGAAAACCGGCCAUGAGGUCGCCGAUCCACAUGUCAUCAAAGACUUCGCUGUCAAGAACUUCAAAGAGAUUGAUGAGUAUCUCCUUAAGCAAUCCGGCGUCUAA